AUUUGCACUUCCCGGGAAGGUUCCUGCACAGCCUGGGCACCAGGGUUGCAUCAUCAGAUUACAGCCUCGGGCUACAAGGUGCCCCGUGCUUCUUGGUUCGGGUAUCUGAUACCUGAUAGCAGCUCAGGCUUCCUGCGUGUUUGCUUGCCCCUGCUCCACUCAGUUUGAGCUGGAUGCUCUGCUGAUGCCUUCUCUCUGCCUCUGCGUGUUUUCUGUGGACUGGCUUUUAGUACUAGGAGCUCUCCUAGAGAGUCCUGAAGACUCCAGCAAGUCCUGAACAUUGCUCCUUGGGUAAUGUGAUUCUGCAGAGUAACCGAGACCCUUUAAUGAGCAUUCCUGUUCUCAGGUGUGUGGUAAAAAUGGUGCAGAAAUACCAGUCCCCAGUCCGAGUCUACAAAUACCCUUUUGAGCUCGUCAUGGCAGCAUAUGAAAAGCGCUUUCCUACGUGUCCAGAGAUCCCAGUUUUCCUGGGGAGUGAAAUCCUGCAUGAAUCCAGGAGUGAGGAUGGGGCUAUACACAUCAUUGAGCGGAGCUGCAAGCUGAAUGUGGAUGCUCCAAGGCUGCUCAAGAAGAUUGCAGGGGUAGAAUAUGUUAUCUUCAUCCAGAAAAACACAGUCAACUGGAGGGAGAGAACUCUGCGCAUUGAAGCCCACAAUGAGACUUUUGCCAACCGUGUCGUUGUCCUGGAGACUUGUAACUACUCAGUUCACCCUGAGAACGAGGAGUGGACUUGCUUUGAACAGUCAGCAUCUCUUGACAUCAAGUCAUUUUUUGGCUUUGAGAGCACAGUGGAAAAAAUUGCCAUGAAACAGUACACUUCUAACAUCAAGCGGGGCAAGGAAGUGAUUGAACACUAUCUGAAGGAGCUCAUCUCCCAAGGCAUCACCUUCAUCCCCCGCUGGACACCUCCUGCAGCCUGUGGACAGAAGGAUGAGAAAGCCCAGGCUGCUGGAGCUGCUGCUGCUGCUGUACCACUUGAAUCUGGGGCUGGUGGAACUACCAAAGAGCAAACUGGCAGCUCCUGCCCUCCAGCAGAAGCUGUCAGCCCUGAUGCUGACAAACUGGAUGCUGAUUACAUAGAGCGCUACCUGGGCCAGCUGACUCCGAUGCAGGAGAGCUGCUUGAUCCGUCUGCGCCAGUGGCUUCAAGAAACUCACAAAGGCAAGAUCCCCAAGGAUGAACAUAUCCUCCGAUUCCUGCGGGCUCGGGAUUUCAACAUUGACAAAGCUCGGGAAAUGCUCUGCCAGUCUCUGUCUUGGAGAAAGCAGUACCAGGUGGAUUGCAUCCUGCAGUCCUGGAGGCCCCCAGCCCUCCUAGAUGAAUACUACACGGGAGGAUGGCAUUAUCAAGACAAAGAUGGAAGGCCACUCUAUAUCCUUCGCCUUGGACAGAUGGACACAAAAGGUUUGGUGAAAGCCCUGGGAGAGGAAUCACUGCUGCGACACGUUCUAUCAAUUAAUGAGGAAGGACAAAAGAGAUGUGAAGAAAACACCAAUGUCUUUGGCCGUCCCAUCACAUCCUGGACAUGCCUGGUGGACUUGGAAGGGCUGAAUAUGCGGCACCUCUGGCGGCCAGGAGUUAAGGCCCUGCUUCGGAUAAUUGAGGUUGUAGAGGACAACUACCCUGAGACUCUGGGGAGGCUCCUGAUAGUGAGAGCACCCAGGGUUUUUCCUGUGCUCUGGACUCUGGUCAGUCCCUUUAUUAAUGAGAACACAAGGCAGAAAUUCCUCAUCUACAGUGGGAAUAAUUACCAGGGUGCAGGAGGGCUGGUAGACUAUGUGGACAAAGAUGUGAUCCCAGACUUCCUGGGAGGAGACUGCAUGUGCACUGUCCCAGAAGGUGGGCUGGUUCCCAAGUCACUCUAUCAGAUGGAAGAAGAGACAGAGAACUCUGAUCACAUCAGGUUAUGGACAGAAAAUAUCUACCAUUCUGCAAGUGUCCUCAAAGGAGCUCCACAUGAGAUAGUCGUGGAGAUUCUGGAAGGGGAAUCUGUCAUCACCUGGGACUUUGACAUCCUGAAGGGAGAUGUGGUGUUCAGCCUCUUUCACUCCAAACGAGCUCCUGAAACAAGGCACAAAGAAGCCACAUCACCCAGCACCUCUGCUGCUGAGGACAACACUCAGCUCAUUGCUAAAUCCUGGGUCCUGGGGGUGGAUUACAGCCCUGUGGAAUCUCCCCUGGUUUGUCGGGAAGGAGAGAGCAUCCAGGGUUCUCAUGUGACUCGCUGGCCUGGCUUUUACAUUCUCCAGUGGAAAAUGCAUGGCCCACUGCCCUCUUCUGGCACAAGCCUCCCUCGUGUGGAUGAUGUUCUUGCCUCUCUUCAAGUUUCCAGUCACAAGUGCAAGCUUAUAUACUACUAUGAGGUGCUGGCCUCCAAGGACUUCAGGGGAUCCAUGUCAAGCUUGGAAUCAUGCAACAGUGGCUUCUCCCAGCUGAGUGGUGCCACCACAUCUUCCAGCCAGUCCCAGAGCAGCUCCAGACUUUCCAGAUAGCAGGGCCAGGGCUCUGCUGGUGAGAAAAGAGAAAAAAAAUCCCUUGGGGCUUCCUGGCUGCCCCACUGCUGCUCUGUGCACCCAACCAAAGAGCCUCCAGGGGCUGAGCCUUGAGGCAGUUGUUUGUGUGACCACAGGUAGCAGCCAUUUGGACACAGAUGAGCUUCCUGGGAACUGUUUUAAAACAUUCAAAUGGCAGAUUGAGAAAUUUUCUAUCAGCUGCCUCCUUCUCAGUGGUCUUUUUUUCAGGAAUGGUGGUUUUUUUGGAUGAAUGGGAGUUUGCAUGAAUCCAUGGAUGACUCCACUUUAAAGGGCUCUUUCCAGUCAGUCCUUUUCCUACGUGUGGUAGAGGAGACUGAUGUUGCCUUAUCUGAUUGAAUCCUGUAGGACUAGAUUAUUCCUGUGUAGCAAAACUAAUCCAGUUUCCUGGGUGCCCAGAAUACCAAUUUACACAUCAGAAAGUAAAGUGGGCAUUUCAGAGACUUGAAGCAAACUGUAAAUACCUUAAUUACAGGUAGGAGGGUUCAGGAAUCAGAUCCAGGUCACACCUAAAACCUCUUCUGAUCUGACAAGAUGCUAUAAGGAAAUGUCUUGGUUUUUUAAAGCCACUAAGAUACAAAACUUAAAAUGUUUUUUCUAGAAAGUACAGGCAGAGGACCUGCCUCCACUCAGCAGCAUCUUUCUUAAAGAUAGACUCUUUUUUCCUCUUUCCUCAGGUUUACAAGCAAUAAUUAAUAGGUCUGACCCAUCUCAUCAAGGUGGGUGGGAACUGAAUCAAAUUAUAAAGGGCUAAGAAAAGCAAUAUUUUAUUUCCUGAAGGCACAAAAUUUUUAUGGCAGUAUUAUGGAACUUGCUUCUUUAAAACAUGAGCUAACUUGAAGAAAACUUAAAAAAAAAAACCCAAGCAUGUAUGGUUUUAAGCUCUUACUGAAAUGUAUUUAUUCAAAUACUAGCUUAUUUUAAAUUAAUUUUUAACUUAUUUAUAAUUUCAGAAAUUACUAUUUAUUAAAUCCAGUCACCUUUUUAAUGGGGUGAAGUUUGAUUUAGAAAGGAAUAACUGAUUGUCUUCAAUCUCAAGACAUCUUUCUACUUGAAUUCUCAUCUUUGUGAUCUUUGUUCUUGUGUAAAGGGCUGCACUGUUCCUAGCACUGGGGGUAAGGGCUGUGUUAUCUUUCCUUGCAAGAGAAGGUCAGUCCAGUGCUUUUUGGACUCUAGAGGGUUGUGUUUUUCAGGAUUAAGAAGCAAGGAAUCAUUUCAGGAGCUGUAACAAGAGAAUUCAUCUUUGUGACACACCAAAAAUACCAGGUUUGUUUGAGCUGAUGUGCAGCAAAGCUGCUCCUGAUCCAUUUAUGAGCAGACAGCUACACAUGUGCUUUCCACCAUGGCAGCAAAAUGAGAAAAGGUGUCAAACAGUCCUUUUUGGCAUCAUUUGCAGCUAGUGGGUGAGCUCAGGGUCCAGCUGUGCUGUGUGGAGACUCCUCACCCCCCAAGCUGGAGGUUCCCUCUGCACAGAUCUGCCUGCAGAAGGGUGGUGAGGACAUUGUCCCUGCCAUAGUUCAGGCUGUCCCAGAUGAGUGGCUUGUGUCCCAUGUGGCAAAUGUGGCCUAAACUGAAUGAAUUUCCAGUUCCCCAGCUGGGGAGCAGCACAAAAGCUUUGGACUUGGGGCAGGGGGAGGCACAGGCUGUGCUGGGAGUGUGGUUCCUUCCUCCAGCACAGCAAUCCAUGUGUCCAUGUUUCUCAGACAAGACUUGGGGGUUUUUUUCCCCCCCUCUCACCAAGUUUUUAUUGAUGUUGUUGGAAUCUGUGUGGUUUAAGAACAAGACACAUGUCUAGCAGUUCCUUCUAACCCUGCUUUUUUUUAAUAACUGGUAUUGAAGCAGCAGCCAUUGACAAAGAGAGAAGAGCCUCAGUAUUUGGAACGAUGGGAGAUGAUGAGCUUUAAGUUUAUAGAAGUUGCUUGGGGGGUUGUUUGGUUUUGUGGUUUGUUUUUUAUUUUUUUUCUAAAGGAUUGGAGCCAAGGGAAUUUCUCUCCUGCCUUGCACCACUCACUGCAAGGGCAUAAUAGGUAACUUAGUUAAGCAGGACUCCAGGAGGGUUCUGAUUGCAGAGUUCCCCAGUGGUUCUGUGGACUUUGCCAUCUUUCCCAAUGGAUGCAACUUCCAUCUCUGGCAUCUCAGGAUAACUGAAGCCUGUGAAGUGAGAAAGGUGCUGCCUUUGCUCUGGAAAAUCAAAAGUUUCAGAAUCAAAAGUGCAUCUAUAUCUGUAAUGGAAAAAUCCUUUACCCAUAAAUAAUUCUGAUGCUAGGAAUAGUUUCAAGCUGACUCCCAAAGCCAUGAGAGCAAGGGUUUGGCCUCCGAGCUUCAUCUUCCCUUUGCUUGUUUCAGUAUUUCAGCUUUUUGUGGCUUCUUCCAAGGUUUGUCACAUCCCAUGGUGAUAACAUUCCCAUUCCCUGCAUAUCCUUUGGUUUGCUCUGGUUAAAAAUCUCUUCCAUAGGACUAGAUUAAAUAUUAAUUAAUUGUAAAAUGUGGCAUGUUCUCCCACCAGCUAAGAGUUGUAGGGGUUGAACUCUUGUCAGUAAGGCACCUGGAGCUUGACAGCUGCCAGCACUCCCCCCAGCUGGCUCUGGGGACCUCAUGGUUUUCCUCUUGCUCCUCCCUGGUCCUGCUCUUCUCUCCUCUGCCCCACAAGAGAGCAGCACAGGGCUGGGAAGCAGUUGUGAUCUCUCCCUUGACAGUUUUAAGCAGAAUUGCCUGGGUUAUUCCAUCUACCAGUUUACUUGGCAACCAGUUUAAAUAAUGUAAUACACUUUUUUUUUUUUUUUUCUUCCCCUGAAUGUUCACACAAGAGAGAGCAACAGCCUGGAUGCUCUGCUGUACUUUUUAAACCUGACUUUGCAGACAGAAAGAGGAUUCUACUUAAACACCCCUUAAACACUUCCCUUCCCCCCCCC